AUGUCACUGCAGCAAACCUUCUACAACCAACUCGAUCUUGCAUUCGCCAGCAUGUCCUCCCGCCAACAUCCUAGCCGCGAGACCGAGCGACACUCACAAGUUAUGCAAGCUCUCGAUGACUUCUACCAUUACCACGGAUUAUAUUACGAGACUUGCGAGAGGGGCAGAAACCUCGUGAGCAGAUUAGACGUCCUCUACGUGGAAUACGCGCUGAUCCCGAGGAGGGACCCGGCAAGGGCGGAUCACCGUGAACAAUACAUGGCGUUGAGGUCAGAGUUGGAGGCUUUGAAGGAGCAGGCGAGACUGCAUGAGGCGAAGUUGAACGAGUGCAGGGCUAGACUCAAGGCUCUUGGGUUCUCCGAAGACGAGUGGCGCUCGAUAACAGAGGGAAGGGGUAUUCCUUAA